AUGACGUUCUUUAACAAGGUGGUCAUUUUCUUCUCUUUCUUAAAGGGUUCCCGAGGCACCCAGUCCUAUGGCCAGCAACUACUAAAAAGCAGCUGCUAUAAUCUUUUCUUCUUUUCCACAGAUGAGGAGACGCUUCUGCUUAGUUUUUUGUUCUGUGGGAUAUUUCUGCCCAGAAUCUUUGGUUUUCCACAUGCAAAUACUUCAAUUGAUUGUGAUUCUCUGUUACCAAACUAUGAACCACAGACAUCUCCACCACCAUAUAUUAUUGCUGUAUCUUUUGAUAGCUUUGAACCAGGAAAUGAAAUCCAAGUGACCCUAGAAGCCCUCAAAGAUGUUGGGUUUAAAGAAUUUAAUCUACAAGCUCGAGAAAUAGGAGGAGAUGUUCCUGUUGGUACUUUUAAAAUUACAGAUCCAAACACAAAAGGCUUGGCAUGUCAUAACAUCACGAAUUCAGCAGUAAGUCAUACAAAUUCUGAUCUGAAGCAGAAAAUUACGACAACAUGGAUUGCUCCAAAUGAUGUUAGAGAUCUUCAGUUCAUUGCAACUGUUGUUCAAGAUCUAGAGAAAUAUUGGGUUGGAAUUGAAAGCAAAACUCUCACAUCCACGCAUUCUAAGUCAGUUAAUGGGACAGAAAAAAAUAAAAGGAAGGUUAUGAUAGAAAUUGAAUGCAGCAAGCGUGGAGGGACAUACACCAGACAAGGUGGAUGUGUUGUGGUUCAACCUUCCGGUUCCUCUCAGAGCAGCUAUUCUAGUGGUCAGAGUGGAACAGUCUACACAAUAAGCAAGAGUGGAUGUGUCCCAGGAGGUGCUGCCAAUGCAUAUAGCCAGAAUGCGUGUAAAGAUAGUGCAUCCUCAUAUGGCAGUCUUACCUACGGCCAGUCUGUUCCUGCAAGUAGUUCAGAUUCCGGUAAGAAGGUAGUGAUCAUUCCCAACAGCAACCCGUUUCCGCCUGUGCGUCAUACUUAUCCCCAGAGUUUGGGCAAUUCUGCUACUAAGAUCGUGGUACAGAGUGGACAAAAGCAGCAAAGCAGCGGUGCUACUUAUGUUCGGGGUGGGCCAACCUACACUAUCAGCAGCAGUUCUUACGGACAGGGUUCCCGAGGCACCCAGUCCUAUGGCCAGAUCUCUCAGCUUCAACCUGGCAGUUCUUAUGGCCCGGUCUUACAGCCGGAAGGAGGUACUUCCUACAGCCAGGUAAGCAUAGACAAUCAUCAGUCAGUAUACAGCAUCUAA